AUGAUAUUAAAUGAUCCACGAAAAUCAUUAUACGAAAAUAAAAAUGAUCAAUAUUUUAAUUGGAAAAGUAACGUGGAAAAAUAUUAUAAAAAAUUGUACGAACUUGAAGGAAUUCCCUUUGAUGUAAAACAAUUUCAGGAGAUUGUCGAUCCACAUUAUAAAUAUGUGACUGAGCAAUUAUCGAAUUUAUUACUUGAAGAAGGAAAACUUUUAUUACAUUUACAAAUAAUUCGAGAAUAUUUACUAAUGAGCCGUGGUGAUUUUUUCCAUGAAUUUAUACAGUUAUCAAAAUUGUUGUUAAGAAGAAACAAUACAGAAGUUUCUGAACGAGCUUUAAAUAAAUUAUAUGAACAAGCAUGGUACAGUUCAAAUUUAUCAUCUGAAUCUCCACCAGAAGGCAUUACUUUAUUUUAUCAAGCUAAAAAUGAAGAUGAUAAAGUAAAGAAUGCGAUUCGAAUAAAAUAUUUAGUGUCAUGGCCGUUACAAGUAUUGUAUUAUGGUGAUAUUAUUAGCGCUUAUGGAUAUAUUUUUAAUUUUUUAUUACGCAUUAAGAAUGUUCAAAUUAAUAUUAAUCAACUUUGGUUGUACCAUGUCAAAAAUUUUAAAAAUAGUUCGUUGGAGAAAAAUUUGUAUAAAUUACGAUAUAAAUGUGCAUAUUUACUGGAUAAUUUACAGUAUUAUUUACAAGUGGAUGUUAUUGAAACAAAUUAUUCCAGUAUGAUUCAAACAAUUAAAAAUACCAAAGAUUUUCGUACAGUUGUUAAGGCACAUGAAGAUUUUAUAACGGCUGUUUGUAGGGAAGCAUUUAUUUUUGAUCCGACUCAAGAAAAAUGCAUUGAAACGUGGAAAAAUACCAUUUUUUUCACAUUAAACGUUUUAAUCGAUACAAUCGAUCAAUUCUGUACGAACGCAAGUAUAUGGACAAAUCCGUUAAAUUUAUGUCAAAAUCAAGAAGUUGAUACGUACAAUAAUAAAAUCAAUGAUUUAUUAAUAUGCUUGUAUCGAUCAUCAGAAGAAUUACAUUUACAAGGAUCGGAUAAACAAAUCACACGAUUGAUAUCACGAAUGGAUUUAAAAACAUGGUUACACUCUACAACGAAUAUUUUAAAUAAUUUAUCGUCUAGUUCUAAUGAUAGUAUUAUUUCAAAUUAGAAAAAUUAAGUGAAAUGAUUAGGCCACCUUUCCAGAUUUGAUCAAGAGACUUCUGAAAUCGUGCAGCUUCUUCCGACUUCAACCACGAUAUAAAGAAAAUUUCUCUGUUGUAAAUCAAAGUUAAUUAAUUUCUCUGUAAUUGGUGAAAAUAGUUAUCAAUUCUAUGUAGCAACGCGUUCAUGGAAAGAAUAAUUUGUGGACCCAAGAAAGACUAUAAUAUGAAUUGCUUAGAUUUUUUAGACUUUCUA